AUGGUGACGCUUCUCUCACCUUACAUUCAAUCACAUAUCAACAACAACAACAAUGGAGAUGACUCUGACUCGGAAAGAGAACAGACAGUGUCUGUUGAGGCACAGGAGGCAUCGAACUUUGCGACGUAUGAACGCGCAUUGCGUGCACAGCAGAAGGCAAACUACCUUGAAGCACAGCAACAUUACCUCAACCUGCUGCACUCACCACUGUUGGGCGACGACCCAUCAAUCACAUCGGCAAUGCAGCUGCUCAAGUACUCCACACUCAAGAAUCUGGCAACGAUCUAUGAGUCAAUGGAUGAUAAGGAGCGUGCACUGUCAUACUUUGUACAGGCUGUUGAUCUCGACGGCGGCGAUCUACUCGUCUGGUUCAACAUUGGACGCAUAGCAUCUGAGCUGUCCAAGUGGAAUGUUGCCCGUGUUGCAUUUGAGACGGCACUGCGCAUGUCGCCAAGCCAUUGGAUGUCACUGGAGCGACUGGCCGAGCUACUGUUCAUCAUUGGCGACACAUCAUGCUGCAAGCAGAUCAUUCAACGUUCAUUGUCAAUCGACUCGAGCAACUCUAGGAUGCUCCUUCUAUAUACAGCUCUCCUGCGACAGGAGCCACAACAACAAGACAGCAGCAACGGGUUGCCAUUGGACAUAGACAGCCGCAAGAUACUCGACGACCCGAAUGCGCGCACCUAUAUCCAAGCACUCAUGAAGCGCCGUGAGAAGGUACUGUCGUCACAACAGAUCGACAUAUCGAAUCAGGACACAUCGACCUCUUCAGCAGGACCAUCAACAAGCCAAUAUGUGUUGGUGACUCUGUCUUGGGACUGUCUGCACUCCCUUCUCACAUCGAUCUACAACGCAAAGGGGACAUCAACUGACGCCCUCGACCAAUACUCAUUCGUCAAUAUCGUUGCGGUCAAUCCCUCUUCCGAUAUAAAGAUGAUCGAUGCCAGUGAGGACAAGCCAGAGAUCGAUCAACAACCGGACAAAGAACAGGAGCAGUCUGGCACAGAGCAGGAGCAACAGGACAAGACUGGAGCGCAGCCAAUGGACGAGGAGCAGUCGGACUCGGCACAGGACAGCGCGCCCUUAUCUGGCAGCUCAAACAGUGUGAGCGCGGCUCAAUCAGAGAUUGGCUCGCCCUCUGCCAACAGCUUGAACAGCAGCAGCAGCUCGGUGCCAACCCCAGCAACAGCACCAAAGCGACGUGAGAGGAUUAGAGGAGGUGUGGCAAAGGAGGAGAAACCAGAGAGCGAGAAACUGGACGAAUACGUAGACAAGUUGUUCAAGUCCUACAAGGUAGUUUCACCAGUUGUCAUGUCAAACUUGACAAUGGACAUUGAUCAACAACAGAGCAAACAACAACAACAAGGCAAGGGUAGUAAUGGCAAGGGUUCUACCACAACAACAGCGGUGCCGGAAACGAUGACUACAAUGACAAACAAUCAACAAGCAAUGGUAUCAAAGUUUGUCAAUGACACUGGUGUUACAAACUCAAGCCUCACCAUUGUCGACUGGAUGAUCACACUCCUGAACCAUCUCACACUCAAUCUUAGCAAAUGUCCAGUUGACGGCCCACUCCUCCAACAGCUCCUCGCGACCAGCGACACGAUUCACAAGCACACCAAUCAAUUCCAAAUUUACUACCUUAUGCUAGCAGAGAUAACAUUCGAUAGAAUAAUGACAGUCAAGGAUGGGAGCAAGGAUGAGCAGUUGAUGGACAAGACAAAGAAGAUGACGACAAAGAGUGCCAAGACAGUACAAGUCACUGAGGAGGACAAUGAGGCCAAGCUAUGCUAUCUGGUCCAGCAGUUGAAGUACAGAUGUUGGCAAUUCCGCGAAGACACACCUUACUACAUUCGAUACCUUUGGCUGGUUGCUCGCUAUGCCAAGCACAUGGGCGAUAUCAAUCUGGCAACAUGUCACUUCACUGAGUGCGAUGAGGUGUUCUCGCGAUGGGUCGCCACUCCCGAGUCCAAGAGCAACAACAUCAUCAUAUUGCACAAUUGUACGAACGAUCGAUUCAUCUCCAAGUCCACGCUUAGCGAACGCAUCGAACAUCUACAGGACCAGCAAGAGAAGAACAAGGCAUCACAACUAUUCACAAGUGGCGAGUUUGAUCAAGUGAUCAACAUACUGGAACCAUUGUUCCCUGAUGCAUUCGCCCUCAUAGACGUCAGCAGUGUUCUAAAGAUGUCCAUCAUCCUACUCAAGGAGUUGACUCCAUUCGUUACCAACAAUGACCUUAUCUCAAACUACUACACAAUCAUCCAACAAGCAUUCUCCCAUGACAAUAUGAAACCGAGUCUACUCAACGAACCAAUCUCCACACUCUCAGCCAUCCUCGCUCGCCUUGUAUAUCGAUUCUACAGGAAGAUUGUAUCAUAUGAAUGGCUUAGAUUGUUCAUGGAUGUGUACAAUGUUGACUUGAACUCAGCAUUGACAAUAUCCAAUCAAGUGAUGUUGUUGUCCAACCUACAUGGUGAGCUGGCCAAGAAGAAAUCAUGUUGUGGCAAAGAUGGCAAAUUCCUCUUGCACUACUUUGACCUCCUAUUUGGAUUCAUCACAUCAUCCGACGCAGAACUCAUUCCAACCGAUGUAGGCGAGAACCGAAUGGACAUGGCCGUACUCAAGCUGAUCACAGACCUCUCCCAAUGCUUCUACUGUCUCUUUGGUAUCAAGCUCACUAUAUUGACGGGCGAGGAGGACGAGAUCAAUGUCAGAUUGAAUCCAUGCGUGGUCAAGUCAAGCAGUAUGGUCCAAUCGAUUGGCAGUCGAAAGGACUUUAAGGAGUUGAUCGAGAAGCUCUACGAUCAGUUCCCAGAGCCACCCGAGCGCAUAACAAAGUAUCGUCAGGCAAUCGAUGAUUACUUUGCCGGCAAGAGUGAUGAGGUCAGAGACGUGGCCGAAGUGUCCUCGCCGCCUCGUGCCAACUUUAGUCAAAUCUUCAACAGAAGUGAGACCAAUGAUCAUGGCAACCUUGACCUCUCCGACCCACUAUUCGAUGACAUCUACACAGACAUCUACUACAUGUUUGCCACCAUACAGACUCAAGAGAACAUAUCAUUCAAAGAGGAGUUGCUCAAGAAAGACCUAUACUCCAAUCCAAACAGGAUAGCGACAUGGGACUUGUUGUCGCGAUCAUUCCAAACAGAGUUGACCAACGCCACUGGCGAGGAAGGAAUACUAGUCUCCACCUCUGAUGAAGUCCAAGUCAAGAUCUGGACACUCUAUGAUAAACUGAGAUGUAUAUAUAGAAGGAUCUCCAAGUUGACACCAACAGAUCAGAUAUUCAGAUACUUGGGAUUGCUACUAUAUGAGCGACAUUGCUUUGUGUCCAAAGAGUUUGCCAAAGACAAAGAGAACCUACAUAGCCUAUUCAUGGAGUCAAUGUCAUACUUUGAACAAGCCGAGAAGUUAUCCACAACUGAUUCAUGGUUCUACCCAUUAUACUAUGCCAAGAUAUCGUAUAAGAUGGGAAAACCACCUUCAGAGUACUUGGAGAUGUUUGAUCGUGCUGUAACAUUGCUCCCAACAUUCACCAAGAAGAACCCUCCAAUCGAACCAAUAUAUCGUCUACAUACUUGUCGCCUCAAGCUGAUACUACCAUACUCCUCACAACAUUUGGAUGAAGACCUCAUCACCCUAUUGGAGAAGUACAACUUCCAGCCACCAGCUACCGCCGCGGCUGGAACACCAACUACCUCAGCGAUCACAACAUCAGACGACAGCAACAAGAACAAUGACACAUCAAUGGGCGACGAUAAUCCCAACUCCACAACGACCACGACCACGAACACGACCACGACCACGACCGUCACAAGUCCACUCACAUUGGAGAAGCGACGCCAACUAAUCAUUGACAACGCGGUGGUAGCACUCAACUACUGCAAGACACUGAUAUCAUUCCAUCAUCAAUCUGGUUAUCGUAUAUCAUGGGCCAUCAGGCAACAGAGUGGACAUCAGAAGAGCUGCACAUCAGCGUUGGCACUGAGCGAGUUUGUCAGGCUGCUCAAGCCCAAGCUGUCGCGACUCGCUCGUGGCAGCGUGUGGAGUCUGUGGAACGAGGGCUACCUGGGCGAUGGCAAGCUGGACCGGUACUUUAGGAAGUACUACGACUUUUACAUCCAGCUGCUUGAGGAGAACAACGAGUUCACCAAUCUGGACAUCAUUCACUCAAAGACCAAGUUGGACAUCAAGUUCAAGGAGCAGGCAUCCAAGUGCUACCUGGCAUGCUGCAACGUGCUCCGAUAUCAGUUCAUGCAGUUGAUGACUGCAUCCCCUACACCGGCCAUUGUCACGGGGGUGGACGCUCAGCAGGAUCCACGACAGAAGAUAUUGCAGAGUCAAUGGGACUUGUACAUUGACGUGUCGCUCUAUCCUGAGCAUCGAGCACAUCUACUCAGAUUGAUGAAGGACUCCUAUCUAAUGAUGAACAAGACCAGUGUUGUUGACAACUCUCCAUCACCAGACGAGGCCAUUGUCAUUGAAUACUUUGAGAGGAAGUAUAGUGGCACGCAAAAGAGGAAGAAGAAGUCAACAACAACGGCCACAGCAUCAGCAUCUCUGGCAUCACCUACCACUGGUAACAUCAACACAGCACCAGCAUCAACGUCAUCAACUGUGGAAACACCAUCAAAUGUCAACGAUCAAUCUGAGAACAAGGCAGUGCCAUCACCCAGACCAUCAUCAUCAUCAGCCAGCAAUCAAGACGACAAGAGGAAAGCAGAUAGUCUAUCUCCCCCAUCCACUUCACAACAAUCAGGACAACAACGCGACAACAAGAAACUAAAGACUGAUACCUUAUAG